UUUAAAUUUACAGUUACCUGCACACAUAGUAAAAUUAAAUAAAGUGAACUUAAUAGACACCAACCUAUGAAAAGAUUCGUUACAAUUAUAAAAGUGUAAAAAAUGUGUUAUUUUGUAUUGGCGUAGAUGAGUAUUUUCAACACAAUUCAGAUUGAUAACAAUUGAAUUUACAAAUAAUUCUAAUAUUUUUGGUACUGGAAAUUCCACUACUGCUUUUAGUUUACGUUCAUCUGGCCCGGAAUCGAGGCACAAGUCCUAUACAAUUUACGUUGUUACAAGUGAAGCUCAGCUGUGGACGGCCGCCAUUUUGUCAGUUGGAAAAACAUUUCAUAUAUUAUACAAAAUAAUGAAGUUUGUGGGCUUUAAAAUGAUUUUUAUCAUCGCAUUGUCCUUAAUGGGAUCGGUUGUUAAUUCGGAAGAAACUAGCGAUUUCAAACUACCUACUAAUUUCAAACCCAUCAGCUAUGAACUGAACGUGACCACGUACUUGGAGGAUAAAUUCAUGUUUGAAGGAGUAGUCGGUAUUCGUAUGACAUGCGUAGGAGCUACCGAUACCAUAGUGUUGCAUUCGACCAGUUUGAACAUCGAUACCAAAAGUGUUGUUGUGGCCAACGGCGGUGAAAAUGUCAUCCCAGUGAGCAGUGUGUCUUUUGAUCCAGAUAAAGAAUUUAUGCACGUCAAGUCAACCGUAAACUUUAAGCCCUGUGACGAACUCGUGCUGACUAUACCAUUUACCGGAAACCUCACCGACGAUUUAGUAGGUUACUAUAGAAGUAGCUACGUAGACAAGGAAAGUAAUCAAACGAGGUGCGUUAGUAUAAGAAUUUUAAUAUAAUGCACAAGUCAUAAA